AUGUUAUUUAACAUCUUUACUACUACUGCUCUGGCAGCAUCAUCUCUUCUUACUGUCCCGGUCCUGAGCAACCCUAUCGACACUGUUCCUGACAGUCUUGAGCCUCACCUUCAGAGCCGGGCUGGGGACAUCACCGUCAAGUUCUGGAACAGCCUUAAAUGCAAGACUUCAGUAUAUGAGAAGCAGUAUAACAGCGGACACUGCAUCAAGGACCUGAGCGACGAAGACAUUGCCUUAUCCGAUUCACAAAGAAGAAUUGUCAAGGCACUUCUGUGA